AUGGAUGAGGCUGCAGCAGAAGCGGAGGCUGCAACUAUGUCAAUGGUGAGACGAGCAAUACCAAAUGCUUCUUCACUAGAUGAAGCAAAUCAAAUAGUCCGUGGAAAUUGGCUUCAGGCAAUUGAACAACAUCAUCAGCAGCAUUCAGGAAAUUCCAUGAUCAGAGACAUUCUUGAUAUUGGUUGCUCUGUCGGUGUGAGCACAAGAUAUCUUGCAGAUAAUUUUCCUUCUGCUAAAGUCACUGUGAGUAUAGAUUUCAAUUUGCAUAAAAGUCCUUUCAUGGGGCUGGACCUAUCACCUUACUUUCUUGCUGUUGCCCAAUACAAUGAAAAAUAUAGCACCCCAAGGAAGAAUCCAAUCAGGUGGAUACAUGCAAAUGGUGAAAGCACAGGCUUGGCUUCCAAAUCAUUUGACCUUGUUUCUAUUGCUUAUGUGGUAUGGUUUGUUGUCUAACAACUCAAAAGCAUAGAUCAUAGAGCUUUCACAUAGACACAACUUUCUGUUCAAACUAAAACAUGCUCCUUCGUCCCAUGUGAGAAGAACUUAACAUCAACAAAAAUACCUAUUCUCCAGAAUGUCUCUAAGCAUGACAUAGUCACAGUGGAUUUGCUGGAAUUUAAAGACUUAAAUAUACAUAAUUUUUCUUUGUAAAUUUUGUUUGUAUUUUUCUAAUUUCUCGUACAUUAUGGUUUUCCCUGCCGAGAGAAAGUUUAGCUCGUUUAGUCAAAUAUGAAUAUAUUGCUGUUAGAAUUCUUAUAUUCUAUGGU